AUGACGACAAACAACCUGCAGGAACACUUACGAUGGUUGUUCAGCGAAAAGCCCUCGAUCCCGCCCAAUACCAUCGAUUUGCCGCCAGCCUCCACAUCGUUCGCUACGCCCAACGACAAUCGAAUUGAGACGACGGCCGGUGCCAGUGCCACCCGGAGACUCUCAAACUCCCUCAAUAGAGCAGUUACAUCAGAAUCUGGAGGUAGCGGGAUUCAUCAGAGUACGAUCGGCUUGCCAUCACCCGCCACGCGGCCUGGGACUGAGAGGAGCGGCGAGGGACGUGACGGCGCCAGUACAGCAACGGUGGUGAAUGCGGAUGCACUGCAAGCGGGGAGCGUCACACGAGACCCACCGGACUUCCCUCAGAAGGCAGAGAUGGUUCGACGGGCAACUGCGCCAACAUCGGCUACCAAGUCGAAUACUUCGUUUGGCCCCCGACAACUCGAUGUCACACCCACUAAGCCAAGGAAUGCUGUAAGAACAGAUGCGAAGAAUGCGCACUCUGCAAGCUUCCGAACACCAAUACCUUCGCAACACAAGAACGUCGAGCAAAUGGACUUGACCGAAGAAUUUGCGAAAAUGUGCAGCCCAAAUGCGAAAACGUCUGCUCCUCCAUCAGCCGCAGGCAGGAAACGCAAAAGCGAGGAGUUCGAGUCUGAUUUGCGACACAAUCCUGCUUCUAUCAAGCGGCCCAACCAGGCUCCUAUCAUCGUGCCGCGGCCUUCGCAAGAGUUCCCAUCCAUUGACGAGGAUGAUGAGUUCGAUGAUAUCCCUACUGGUCCGCCUCCUCCGUACUCCACGAUCCCUCCUCGGCCGGGGAAAGCUACAGCGGAGGGUUCAGCGCAGCCUGCGAGGCCGCCGCUGUCGAAUGCUCGAUCCACGUCGUAUGUCGAGGAUUCAGAAGACGAUGAAGAUGAUCUUAUGAACUUCUACGACGAACAUGUAGAACCUACCAAGCCACCGACGAGAGGCAACAGCAAAAAGGCCAUGUCGGUGCAGCAUGAGCCUGUGCUUAUCAGCUCUCCAAUCGCUGAAGCGCCGCUGAAUACCGACAAACGUGCUACGUUCCCAGUACGCGAUGAAGCGAGCGCAAGCUCUCCCAUACCAAGCCCGCCCCCGAUAUCAUCACAUUUGAAACCGCCAGCUAUAGCAGGGGACUCGAGUGCCGUUCAGAACGUCAAGGGCAACGUAGCAUCCAAAGCCGAAGGUACUCAAAUACCUCAGCCAUCCAACACUACCCAAGCACAACCACCGGAAGAUGAAGAACUCAAGACUCUGAUGUUGCGUGUGUUUGAAUCAUUUGGAUUAUUAUAUGAGCGGGCUUUGUCCAACAUAGACGAGAGAUACAAUAUUGUGGUAGACGAGAUGACCGAAUGGAUGGACGCUGGCAAUGACGAUACUUCGACAUUUGAGGCUGAGCAGGACGAACUGGAUCUCAAGAGAAAGAAUUUGGCCACGCUGAAAUCGAAGUGCAAGUCUUAUCAGAAAGCACAAGAGAACAGGAAUCAAGCCAAAGAGGAUCUGAGGCAAGCAUUGCGAACUCGUCAAGGGCGUGACGAAGCCAAUGCACAGAAUCGCGCCGCGCAGGAACGCCUUGCCAACAUCGAAAAGGAAUGCAUCGCUCUUCUCAGACCAUGCGCAGAUGACCUCCGCCCUCUCCUCUCGCAGCGCGUCGCCGUCGAAUCGACACAGGUCAUGCCAGGAGCGAUCCCCGAGCGGGCGCGUGCUCCUGGAAGCUCGAGUCGCAUUGCUCAAACGCAGAUGCAGCCCGCAAUGCCACCACCAGCAAGACCUCCGCUGCAGGUUAGCAAGUCCGCACCUGUGCACCAAGCUUCGCAUAUCCGGUUCGAAAAUAAUGCCAAGCAGCAGGACAGUCUAAUGUUCAGUGACAACGCUUUCGACGAUGACAUUGACGACCUUGAUAUGAUCGGCACGGGACAUGAUAUAUACACGACACGCAUGGGCACUCCGCCUGCGGAUCAUGGCAACGAAGAUGAUUAUGGCAUGAUGGACGACGAGAUGCUGGACAUGGUGGAAGACUAUGAUAGUGCAGGUCAGUUUGCUUCUGGAAAUACUGGCAGAACGGCCUUCGCUGAGAUAUCAGCCAAUAUCCAAGCGCGUCAAGCACAACCGAAAGCGAAAAAGACAAAGACGACGAAAUCUGCUGCUGAGCUGGCCGCGAUCCACCGCGAGAAUAUGAAUUUUCCUUGGUCAGAUGAGGUCUGCGAUGUUCUCAAGCAAAGGUUCAGGAUGCAAGGUUUCAGAGAGAAUCAGUUUCAGGCGAUCAAUGCGACUCUCAGCGGCAGAGAUUGUUUUGUCCUGAUGCCUACAGGCGGCGGCAAGUCUUUGACAUACCAGCUUCCUGCUGUGAUCCAAUCUGGAACAACCAGAGGCGUGACCAUCGUCGUGUCCCCGUUGCUCAGCUUGAUGGAAGAUCAGGUGCAGCAUCUUAACAAGAUCGGCAUCUUCGCGUUCUUGAUCAAUGGCGAGACGAGUCGCGAAGACAAACAGAGGAUCAUGGAUGGGCUCUGGAAGAGCAAUGUCGAGGACUUCAUCCAGCUUCUGUAUGUCACACCCGAAAUGCUUGGCAAGAGUGAGAACAUGCUGCGCACCUUCGAUGGCCUCCAUCGCCGCGGGAAGUUUGCCAGGCUGGUAAUCGACGAAGCGCAUUGUGUUAGUCAGUGGGGACACGACUUCCGGCCUGACUACAAGAAUCUUGGCGAGGUGAGGAAGAGGUAUCCCGGAGUGCCAGUCAUGGCUCUGACUGCUACCGCAACUUCGAGAGUCAAGGACGACACAAUACACAACCUGGGUAUGAAGAAGGACGGCCCCAACAAAUGCCAAGUCUUCACCCAGAGCUUCAAUCGAGACAACCUGUACUACGAAGUUCGUCCAAAACCGAAAGGCAGUCAAGAUGUCGCCGCCAUCGCAGGCCUGAUCAAAGAGUCACACGCCAAGGAGACCGGCAUUGUCUAUUGCUUGUCGCGCAAGAAUUGCGAGGAUAUUGCACAGUCGCUUGUCAAGAAUCAUGGCAUACGGGCUGAGCACUAUCAUGCUGGUCUCGAAGGACCUGCAAAAGCUGCAGUCCAGCAAGCAUGGCAGGCCGGCCAGAUCAAGGUCAUCGUUGCUACCAUUGCAUUCGGUAUGGGCAUCGACAAGAGCAACGUACGCUUUGUGAUCCACCACACCAUUCCCAAGUCGCUUGAAGGCUACUAUCAAGAGACAGGCAGAGCUGGUCGUGAUGGAAAUCCUUCCCGUUGCUAUCUCUUCUACGGGUACGGAGAUGCUGGCAAGCUACGCCGUAUGAUUGAUGACCCCAAAAAUGAAGGCAGCCGAGAAGUCAAAGACAUGCAACACCAGAUGCUUCGCAAGAUGGUCCAGUACUGCGAGAAUCGAAGCGACUGUCGACGCGUUCAAGUGCUGGCAUAUUUCGACGAGCGAUUUAAUCAAGAGGACUGCAACGGGAACUGCGACAACUGCCUUUCCGAGGCAACGUACGAGGAGGUUGACCUGACUGCAGAAGCCCAACAAGCGGUCGACCUGGUGCGGAAAAUCAGAAAAGACAAGGUCACCUUGCUUCACUGCAUCGACGUUUUUCGUGGAGCCGGCAAUUCGAAAGCUAAAGAGAAAAAGCACAUCGAGUUGAAAGAGGCUGGCGCUGGCUCGCAUCUUAAUCGGGGUGAUGUCGAGCGCUUGUUCUAUCAGCUGAUCGGCGAAGAGGCCCUCGUUGAAGAGAACCACAUGAACAAAAGAGGAUUUGCGCAGCAAUACGUCAAUCUCGGCUGGCGAUGCAAUGACUUCGAGCUUGAGCGCUCAAAAUUCAAGAUGAUGAUCAGUACCUCGCCUCAAAAGGCGAAGCCUAGCAAGCCCGCAGCGAAGAAGUCGAAGAGUACCAAAACACCGAAGGAGUUGCCUAUGUCGACCAACGUCUCGUCGCCGCUUCAGGGCCCAUCGAGACGCGGGCAAGCCAGCAUUCAGACUAAGCUCAAACGGCGACAGAUCGACGGCUAUGAAGAUGACGGCUUUGUCGUCGAAGACGAAAGCGAUGAUGGGUUCGCGCCUAAUUGUGUCGCGAAGCCAGCUAUUCCUGCGCGCAAGACUCCCGCAAAAGGACUUACAGCGCCCAUCGCCACCGACGAAAUGAUGGACAAGCUGGAUCCGAUACAUCGCGAUAUCGUCGAUCACUUCGUGGCCGAAGCAGAAAAGAAGCUCAAGGUCAUCAUGAAGAAACAAAAGCUGACUUGGUUGCCGUUCAAUCGAACAAUGCUUCGGACGAUGUUCAUCAACAUCACCGAUACGCCCGAGAAGCUGCGUGCCAUACCAGGUAUAGAGCGCGAGCGUGUCGACCUACAUGGCAAGCACAUGAUCAAGUUGGUCAAAGAGGCUCGCGCCAGACUUGAUGAGGUGGGCGUCGCGAUCGACAAUGAGGAAUCGAAUCCUGCUGAGGAUGACCUGGACGAGGAGCCAACGGACAAUCAUCAGCACGACAGAAACGUCAUCGUCAUCGACAGUGAUGGCGAGCAGGAUGACGAUGAUGAGGACUAUGAUAUGGGUGAUGAAGAAGAUGACGAACCGGGCGAGCAAAGUCGUCACUUCCAGCAGCAGUCCGUCAGCAAAGAAGUCGCGGAAUGGCACGCCGGGUUCUCGCAAAGUGCGAAGAAGUUCAAGUACACCGCUCCAGAGUCACAAGCGUCUCGCAAAGGCCCUCCGAAGAAGAAGAGUUAUGUGGCGCGCGAGAAGUCAGCAGGCAAAUCGCGUGGGGGCAAGACAGGCGGCCGCAGGUCGAAUAGUGCUGGCUAUGCGUCUGGUGCUGGCGUGAGCAAGAAGAGAGCUGGAGCAGGCAAUAGCAGGGCUGCUGCCAGUGCAGGACCUUCGAGGAAUGAAUCUGCCUUUAGUGGCAUCAGAGCUAUGCCAACGUGAGGUUGAGAGGCAUCUAUCGGUCGAGGACUACACUUCUGGCUUGUUUGCUGCUUUGAGACUACACUCACGAGGAAUGAGUAAUGGCUUGCGAGCUUUGCUUCGAUAUGAAUUGCACGAUAGCAGCGCAGUAGUAUUAUUGUUCAUAGCAUGCGGAUCAAUGGACCCAAGUCCACGCCUC